AGUUUUAUUUUGAUGUCAUAUUUCUGCAAGUGCAUGCGGCUUUGGAAAACCAUAAUCCCUAAAGAACUCAAGUAAAAACAAAUUUCUAUUUUGUGAAAAAAGUAAAUAAAAGUGAGAGGAUGUUCUCUGUAAAGCGAGAUUUCUUGGAUUUAUGCAGAAUAUGCGAAAGCAUGGAAAAUCUUGUUGAUAUCUCAACUGAAGAAUUCAGCCAUAUUUAUGAGAAACUCCAGAAAAUUGUUGAUUUCGAGGACAAAUACAAUUACUACUUGAAGUACAUCUGUAUUUCCUGCAUCCCAAAUGUCGAAAACGCCUUUAAUUUUAAGACUCAAUGUGAAAUAACAUACAAAAAACUCGUCAAUAAAAUUGAGAAUAUCACUUCCGCAAAUACAUUGAUUGACAAUCGCUCAUCAGAUGUUUCUGACCAAAAAGAUAGCGAAUGUUUCGAAGGCUUUGAAUCUGAUCAAAGCGAAUUUGAUGAGAUGCUAAAUACAGAAACUCCAAACUCAGAGAAAAAAAACAAAAAGUCUAAAAAUUCUAAAAACAGUGACGAGAAAAAAGAUUAUUCUGAUUGCACUUACUCCUGUGAACUCUGUAAGAGAUCCUUCGAUGCUGAAUGGAAAAUUAGGUAUCACAUUGAGGGUUUUCAUGCAAAGAGGCUAGAUUUUACAUGCCAUAUUUGUAAAGCAAAAUUUCGCUAUUACAAAAAUAUGAGGAAACACAGAAGGGAGCAUAUUCGUGCAAUAAGUAAGGAAGAUUUUAAAACAGAAAAUCCAGAAUGUUCCACUUGUGGAGUUAAAUUUCCUAAUAAGUCUGCAUUGAAGAAACACAGAGAAAAAGUCUGUGCUAAACGAGAACCAUAUCUUCUUUGCCAAUUCUGUGGUUACACGUCGUCAAACAGGGGCUAUUACCUGGCACAUUUGAAUAUUCACUCCAAAGUUAAGGCAUUCAAAUGCGACAAAUGCGGAAAGGGAUUUGCUCAGAAGAUGGGACUUAGACUUCAUUCUGUUAUUCACAGCGACGAAAGACCAUUUGGGUGUCACCUGUGCCCAAAAACUUUCCGUUUGAAAAUCCACCUAAAGAAUCACAUUGUUACUCACAGUGGAGCUAAGAACUACAAAUGUAAACUAUGUGACAACGCUUACACUAGCUCUAGUGGUCUAAAGAUUCACAUGAGGAUCCAUUCUGGCGAAGAACCAUAUCAAUGUCCGAGUUGUCAGAUGAAAUUCCGACUGAGGAGAAUGCUAAAUAGCCAUGUUCUGAAAUGUCCGUACAUACAAAAUAAAACAGAUUGAUAGAUAUGUUGCAAUGGAAAUAAAUAAUGUGAAUGAAAA